AUGCUCUCGUCACCGCCGGCGGAAGUAGAUUCGGAUACUGUCAGUGAAGGUGGCGACAUUGGCGCUCCUGCAAACAGCCACCUCGUUGUGACACCUGCGAUCACGAGAGCCGCGGCCGCAACGGUAGCAACCGCACCAACAGUGGGCGGGCUUGGAGUCCGGUCGGCCGCCCUCGGCAACGACGACGUCUUCACCCUUUCCAGCCCGACCAGCUUUCCAGGCGGGCCACGUAUAGAGCUUAGGAUGACCGCAAGCGAGCUGAGGAGGGCUCGCCAGACGAAGGCGGCCGCACUGAAGAAAUUACUUGCGACAAUGCUUCAGGAUGCCAAGGUGCAAGCGGGCGAGCUAGACGUCGUCCACGGGAUGAGCGGCCCCGCAAUCACCAGGAGCAACUUGAGCGGAGCGGCAGCAGCGGCCGCGGCGGCAGAAGCGGCCGCGGUGGUGACGCGCGCAAACUUGCAUACGACGGCACUCCUUGUGAGUGGCAAGGAGGAGCGAGAAAAGGCUAGCAAGAGCACCUCGAACAGCGCCGUUCGGAACGUCGGCUAUAGUGGCAGGGACAUCGGUUCGAAGGUGGCGGAAAGGUGGGGGGCAACGCUGCUGCUGCACCGCGUCAAGAGGGCAAGAGCGGCAGAUUCUUCGCCAUUGGGACCUUGCGGGGUUGCUGCCGCCCCUGGGGACAUCUCCGUGGUGCCGAUCACAACGGCGAGCAGCCAGCGCCGCCAGCUGUGGGCCCUCGCCAUCCGCGAGAACGAACUGCGGCACGAGAGGAUGAAGGAGGACAGCAGGAGUGAGUACGACGUGAGGCAAAAGGAGCUGCUCAGCUGGAUGGUGGACGAAGAGGCCGGCCGGCACGAUCACUUGGAUGGAACCGCGGGCCCUCCACCGCCAGUGUGGCUUGACACGGACAGAUGCACCGCUGACGGUGGCGACCGAUCGCCCUUUGUGGCUUGA